UCGGCUCCUGAGCUGUGCGUUAUCGAACGAACAACUUACGACUAAGAUAGUCAAUAGUCUAUUACCAUGGCUCCGGAACCGAACAGUACUACCACGCCCGCUACCUCUUCUCCGGCUCAAAAGGGAGGCAAGGCAAAGUCGGCGGGAGAGACGAGGGUGUUGCAGACGAGGAGUGCGAAAGCUGGGCUGGCCUUCCCCGUAGGUCGUAUCCACCGUUUCCUCAAGAAAUCGACCAAGAACCAGGUCCGAGUGGGAGCCAAGUCGGCCGUCUACGUGGCUGCGAUCUUGGAAUAUCUGACGGCCGAAGUUUUGGAGCUUGCUGGUAACGCUGCCAAAGAUCUCCGAGUAAAGAGGAUCACCCCGAGACACUUGCAAUUGGCCAUCAGGGGUGACGAAGAGUUGGACGCCAUGGUCCAAGCGACGAUCGCUGGGGGUGGAGUCUUGCCUUAUAUCCACAAGGCUUUGGUCGCCAAAAGUACCAAGGCGGGUUCGAAAAAGGCCCCGGCAACUCCGACUACCGCUUAGGUCUGACCAUGGACUUGUCUAUCCGACCUCAAUUAUGGUUACGGGUCACGACUCGACCUGGAUCUGGUUCUUCUCGACUUCCUUCUUUUCGAUUUUCGAUGCCCAAUUUUUUUUUACCCGACCUCUUCUCGGGCCGGCUUUUGCCUAAUCAUUUACGAGGAGGAACUUGGCGAUACAUGUAAAUGGAGAUAAUAUGAUAUCCUAUGCAUCAUGCGGAUGUGGA